AUGAGUGACGAUGAACUGGACGACGGCAUUCCAGGACAAAUUCCAUCUUCUUCCGCAGGAGUUGGUUGCUAUGAAACAGAGUUCUUAGACGUUGACCAGUCCAUUGUUGGAUUAUUGGCAUCGUUAAAUUUUGAACAGAUACGGCAGCGUCGUACUACUGACGAAGAUGACGAGCUGCUGAGAAUAACUCAUCAAAGGAUUCAUGCUGUGAUCGCUAGAGAAAAAGACGAUUCCAGAAGACGUCGUCUUCGUAGAGCACUACCACCGUCAAAUUGUGUCAGAGAACAGAUUUUCUAUUUACGAAGGCUCCCUCAUGGUUCAGUACCUGCUCCUUCGUACUAUCCUCGUCUCUUCAGUGCUCUAGAUUGUAUUGUUAAAGAGUCAUUCGACGAAGAAUAUCGUAAAGUGGCCAUCAUUUUGGGUCUUGUGGACUCCCUCGCGGAACUUUUGGUACUUGAACUGGCUGUAUUCGAGGUUUCAUCUAGAAAUGAACACAGAUCGCUUCGGAAACUGAUUGCUAAUGCCCUUACUAAUCUAACUUAUGGCCAUGCGGCCAGUAAACGGCGUCUCUGUUUUUAUUCGGGUUUCAUUCCUACUGUAGUAAGAAUUCUGAACGAAGCGAGAAAUCUGGCACAGGUUUAUGCGGGUUUGGUUAGAAAUUUGAGUUGGAUGGCUGACGGUAAAAUGAGCGAUAUACUAUCACCAACAGCAAAAGCAUUGUCACGAGCGGCUGUAAUUGCUCACAAUGAACGAGACGAAAGUUGCGUACGUGCUAUCCUGAGUGCGUUAUGGAACCUGGCCUCUCACUCAGAACGAAAUAAGAGAGCAAUAUGUGAUGAGCCUGGUUUUCUUGCUCUGCUUACUGGUUUAUUGUCGAAUGAUGCAAGAAUGACGGCAGUUGUUGAAAGUGCAUCCGGUAUUUUAAAGUAUGUAUCGCAGUAUUUGUCGUCAAAUUCUAGCCAUCUAACUGCCAGGCCAGAAUUGGCGGCUCAUCUUGUGCAGUUGCUUAGUAGUGCUUCCUUUACUAUCGUUGCGAAUACUUUGGGGGCUCUUGCUAAUCUCAUAGCAAAGGAUCCUCAUCUACAGUCCUUGGUACGACAUGACGCUAUGGCAAUGAACCAGUUGAAUGUCUUGCGAAAUUCUUCGCGAGAGGAUAUCAGAGCUGCUGUCAAGGCCGUGUUAAACCACCUCAGUCAACCAGUAGGAUAUACACGAUAUGCUGAUAUGUCUUCCUCGCUGGGAUGUGAAACUUUAUGUUCACCACGUGAUUCGCGUUUGCUUGCUCUUCGUGGUGUUCGGAUGUCACCUGGUGCAAUACCAGGAUUUCCAAUCGCGCCAUCCUUCGAUCAUCGCUCUAGUAGCCUUCCUCGACAUUUUACUCGUGGAGGAUUCACUGCUUCUAGUCAUGCCUCACCCCACCACAUGUUUCCUGUUCGAGGACCGAUUUCAUCAGGACCACCUCUUGGAUUUGCACCUCCACCUGGACAGUACACUGGCCCUCCUGUGGAUGAAGAUGCUCCUGUUCAACCUUCCGUAAUUCCUGACGAAAUCACUGGCGAUCCAAACCUAGAGGACAGUGUCCGAUGUACUCGAAGCGUUAGUGCAGCAUCACUUGGGAGCGAAUUGCCUAAUACUUCUGUGGGAUGGCAAAGUAAUUUGGACACAGCAGCAAACAGUAACAGAAUGUCUCCGGUUUCUCCGUCUGAUCUUCCGGAUUCACCGACACAGUGUGCGAAGAUGAUUGGAUUGAAAGGCGACAAUUCAACUCCUCUGAGCGUAAAAGUUCGUAUGAGUUCUGGAGAUGCAUCAUCAAGUGAACCACAGUCAGGGUUGACAGCAAGUGAUACAACUACAGCGAUAGUAGACGAUCAGCCAACUCCAACUUUUCCCGCGUUUGUUCUUUGCGCCCAAGUUUCGGACAUGAAGGUCUCAUCUUCAGAAGUAGCUCGUCCUGUGACCACCUCCCAGGAUCCUGUGGACGAUGUUUAUGCUGCCAUUGAUAUUAACUGUAUCGACGGUACUGACCUUUUAACGAGGUCCAUCGAAGCUGAACUCCCUCAACCAUCUCCAAGAUCUGCAACUCCUAAACAACAGAGGAGAAUAGUUGAUGAUAGGUUACUUGCCGAUAUGAUUGAGUCCGCUCAGCCAUCUCCAAGAAAAUUGCGACACGGUUAUUCUGACAUGCACCAUUCUCCCAAUGUUGAUCCAGAUCGUCUUCUAAGCGCAUGUAUUGAUGCUGCUAUGCCACAACCAUCUCCAUCAUUUAAAAACAGUUCAAAAAACGAGAAGGGCGGACACGGUUGUUCUCCGGUGACCCACCGCGUCCGCCCAUCGUCACGAACCGCAGGUCGCCCCGUCAGUGUGGAGGAUUUUGACGAGGAUUUGGAGAGACUUGUAUUCGAAGAGGCCAGAGCACAGUUCUCGCUCUCCAGAGAAUCUUCGGAGAGUUGGUCCGAUAUCGAUGAAGGCUCCGAGCAGCUGGACACUACCUUACCUGUUGAUUGCUUCAUAGAAGAGGACAUCACAAUUGACUGUUCAGCUAUUAGCUUUCCAACUCGUGGCGUUUAUCAGUUGUCGUCGACAACCAUGGGACAUAUGAAACCUCAGCAACCGAUUCCUGUAAAGACAGUUCAAAAAAGCCCUAAAUCGGCUGUUACUCACAAAACGCGAUUGCCAAAACCAACAACCAACAGGGCUCAUUCUUUGCAAAGAUCCAGCCGUGUAAGCACAAGCGUGACUCCUAAAAAAGAAGCAAAAGCUGCUGUGGUACCUCCUUACAAUUACAGAAAGCCGGAGCCAGAUUCACCUGUUGUGGAAAAGUCCGAAAUAGAGAAACAGCCGGGUAACGCGAAUAAUUCAAGUCAAAUGCUGGUUACUACCGUAUAA